AUGUGUGUACCGUCCAAGUUAACGAGUGUCGAUUACCUUACCCUCCUCUCCACUUCAACAGUUCGUUGAAGACGUUAGAAAGCCUGCGCCUCCAUACACCAUCUUAUAAGAAUCCCGUGUGUGCGUCUUCGUCUCAAGCCUGAUUCAAAGUUCCUUGCAGGACGACAUCGCCAUGUCGCAUGUUCUUGCAAAGAUGAAGGCGCUACAAACAGGCUGCAAUUCUUUUUUCCGAAACUGUCUGGGGGCCCUCCUAUUCCUCCACCUGCUCUCCUCCUUCAGCCUACGCGCCGCCGCGCAGUACAAAUUCGACAGCCUGCCCACGCAGGAAGCGCCGAUUAAAGACAAGCGCUGGCACUUCGGCAGCGCCACGUUCUACGGAAACGACAUGCUCGUCGGCAACUCCGGAAACUGCGGAUACCCAUACAGCUUCGUCAACAACCGCACGCAAGUCGCGGUGCCGGACCCGCGCUGGUCCAACACGCUCACGUCGGGCGUCGGCAACUUCAAGGGCGCGGCGUGCGGUCAGUGCUUCAUGGUGAAGUGCCUCUCGAAGCCGCGAUACGGCGGAAAGGUCUUCUGCCGUAACAAGAAGCCGGUCAUGGUGACAAUAACGAACUUCGACACGCCGCGGUCGGAGGGCUGGCCCAACAACCACUUCGACUUCUUCCGCACGGGAUUCGAGAAGAUCGCGGACCCGGACUCGGGGAUAGUGAACGUCAUGUGGCGCAGGACGCGCUGCCCGAAAACCGCGCCCAAGUACACGGUCAAGGGGAAUCCGUUCUGGCACGAUAUUACCGUUUACGACGUGCCUGGAGUCGGCGCCAUCACGGGCGUGUGGGUGAAACGCGCGGGGAGAUCGGACUGGGAAGCGGCGAGGCACUCGUGGGGAGCGCAUUGGGUGGUCACGGGGAGGGUCGACUGGGACGAUAAGAAGACCAAGGUUCGCGCGCAAGUGGCGGAGUCGCGGCGGUAUAUUUUUCCGUCUCGCAAGCAGGCGUAUUGAACGGCUGAUUUGCUGGCGGCCAUAGUAAGUCACGAAUCUCGUUAGCCUCUCAAGAGUGCUUGAGACUUAGGAAUAGCUAGGAUAGCCGUUGGAAGCUGUUCGGCCUUCACAGCUUUGAUAGUUAAAAAUGUUUCAUCAAAUUGCCCGUGGUUCAUAAAAAAAGACAAGGAGG